UCAUAUCCAGACAUAGACGGUCCGGGGCGUCGGAUUGCUCGACCCUCCAUUCAAACUCAUUCCUCCUACCGGCCAAACAAAACCGGAGAGAAGCGUUAGGACUUAGAUGGCUUAGCUGUGCUGUGCUGUCAGAGGUCUGUCGGCUGUGAGCUACCUGGACCAAAGGAGGUGAGUACAAGAGGCAGCGACAGGGCGCAGAGAUGAGUGUGACCUCCUGGUUCCUGGUCAGCAGCGGGGGGACGCGUCACCGGCUCCCCCGGGAAAUGAUCUUCGUCGGCCGGGAUGAUUGUGAGCUCAUGCUGCAGUCCCGAAGUGUGGAUAAGCAGCAUGCGGUCGUCAACUACGAGGCUGGCACGGACGAACACAAGGUCAAGGACCUGGGCAGCCUGAACGGGACUUUUGUGAACGAUGUCCGCAUUCAGGAGCAGAUGUAUAUCACUCUGAAGUUAGAGGACAAGCUAAGGUUUGGAUAUGAUACCAAUCUGUUCACGGUGGUGAGAGGGGAGCUCACUGUGCCCGAGGAGGCUCUGAAGCAUGAAAAGUUCACCAGUGGCCUCCAGCUCAGUAAGAAGCCCUCCAACGGAGAAACGCCUGCAAACACAACCACGAACAGGUCUCCCACCAAGACCCCUACAAAGACAGCAAAGUCCCCCAGCAGCAGCACCGUAAAGUCGGGGGAGAGCAGAGUGACAGAUGGGGUGACUUCCUCCAGAGACCCAACGGCCAAACCUGCAGACUCUCCCAAAACAGAGGAAAGAAUAGGAGGGGAUGUGACGGCGCUGCCCCGCGGGACCCCCCUGUACGGCCAGCCGUCUUGGUGGGGAGAUGGAGAUGCAGAUGACGAGAAUUCCUUCAAACAGGAAACCAAAUCAUCUUCAUCAAAAAAACAGGACAGCUCCAUGUCAGAGAGCAAAGAGGCCCGUCGAGGAGAUAAAUCCAGAGAGGACGGCCUUCAUGCAUCUACUGCCCACGAUUCGAGUUAUUUCGAGAUCCCUACCAAGGAGGGUCACAUGGCCAAUAAUGGUAUUCAUGAGAUUCCCACUAAGGAUACAGAAGAAGCACCCACUCAGAACCCCGUCACUGCAGCGCAAGGUCACGCUUCCUUCACCAUAGAGUUUGACAACACUUCUCCAGGGAAAGUCACCAUUAAAGAUCACGUGUCAAAGUUCAACCCCGACCACCACAGAUCUCGCUCCAAGAAAAGUGGAGCAGGAAGCGGAGGCACAGGGUGCCGGGACCUGAGCACCCUGCAAGCUGCCAUGAUGGCGUCUGAGAGCAAAGUGGCGGAUUGGCUGGCUCAUAAUGACCCCUCACUGGUGCGCAGUGAGUCCACGGAGGACGACAGCAAGAGCAUCAAGAGCGAUGUACCCGUCCAUCUCAAAAGACUCAAAGGCAGCAAACAUGAGGAUGGCACCCAGAGUGACUCUGAGAAUGGACUUGGCCUGCGUUUUGCCAACCGCCGCCAUGCUCUUGAAGAGCGCCUAAAAGCAGCUCACAGCAAUGCAGGAGGGGCAGCAGAAGGAGGACAAACAAGCGCCAGUGCAACCAGAACAGCCAGCACCCGCACGGCCUUCAUGAUAGAGUUCUACGACGAGGAAAACCCUCGCAAGCGGAGGUCAUAUUCAUUUUCCCAAACAGCUCCCUUGCUGGGGGUCGGAAUUGGAGGUGAGGGACUGUGCCCUCAACCUCCAUCGCACCCGAAAGUGUUUAGUAUUUCCACCUCUGCUGCUUCAGACUCAGGUAAAGCCCCAGCUCCAAUACCAGCGACAGUUACUGCAGGUGCCCCGACAGCUGCCCGUGUGCUGCUCAAGCAGAGGUCAGAGGACCUGAGCAUCGGUCGGAGCUCCGCCAGCACCGGGCUGGCGACGGGCAGCCCCACCAGCCCCAGCGAGGACACCUCGGUGGUGGGUAGAGGAGCCGGGACGGCUGAGGGCGAGCCAGAUGACGACAACAGUGACAAGGGGACUUACACCAUUGAACUGGAAAAGAGAAACCCAGAGGAAGAGGAGGCCAGACGCAUGAUAGACAAGGUGUUUGGUGUGCAGGAAAACACGGACACCUCCGGCCUGUCGGACCUGAAAGGAGAAGGAAAGGAGACAGGAAAGACUGGAAAAGAGGCUCUUCCCGGGGACUCGAGCUGGGUUUCUCAGUGGGCCAAUUUAGCUGCCAAUCACACCAGAACAGAUCCAGAGGGUUCUGGUGCGGAGGCAACCACUUUCUUGCACAAAGAGAGAGGAGCUGAUUCCUUUGAGUCUGGCGUAGCCCCCGGUAAAGGUGAAUCCUCUUCCAGUCUGGCUGACCGUAAACGCAGGACCCUCCCCCAGCUGCCGGUGGAUGACCCCAAGGCUAAAUCCACUCCCAAAGCUCUGCGGUCCGAGAUCGGGGAGAAACAGGACACUGAGCCCCAGGAGAAAGAGAACAAGGGGGACGGGGAGUCCCCGCCUCACAUGGACGACGCUGACAUGACCGGUAAACAGAGGCAGAGCGCCACCUCCUCCCCAUCCAAGGGUCCUCUCCGCACGUCCAGCAGCGCUGAACGUAGGAAGAGGUCACAGGAGGGGAAAGGAGGAGGGGUAGGAGAAGGAGGAGAUAAGUCUGGGAAGCCUCUGGUCCGGCAGGGAAGCUUCACUAUCGAGAAGCCGAGCGCUAGCGUCCCCGCGGAGCUCAUCCCUCGCAUCAACCGGGGCGGCAGCGGGCGUGAACGCAGCGACUCCGUCGGCAGCAUGGAUACCGCUACACUGCUGAAGGACACCGAAGCCGUCAUGGCGUUCCUAGAGGCUAAACUGAGAGAUGAGAACAAACUAGAGCAGAAAAGUAGCAAAUCUAGCGUCACUUCACAGGGUUUAGGUUCUGGUCUCCCCCUCCGGACUGAUUCCAUAUCUCCUGAAUCAGACGUGGACACAACCAGCACAGCGAGUCAUGUGACUGGAGAAGCAGAGGGGAAGGGUGUACAGAAGCGCCGUUCUUUCAGCAGCAUGCACCGGGAGAAGAGCAACAUCAGUACAGCCUCCAAGACGGGAGCCACGAAUGCCAGUGCCCGUGAGCGCCUGGAGAGGAAGACCAAAAGUAGAACAGGUGAAGCAACAAGCAGGACUGAUGCACGCCGCUCUACUCAGCCGCACUCGGGCUCUUCCAGAGCACGCCAGCCUUCUGUGGACCUCACUGACGAUGACCAGACUUCCUCCUUCCCCAUCUCAGACAUCCUCUCCUCAGACCAGGAGACCUACUCCGGACCCCUGGGCCACUCCGCGUACAGACGCGGCUCGGAGGACGUCCUGUCCAAACUCGACAGCAGGUCUUCGAAAACGUCCAUCAGUAGCUCAUCCAAAUCCAGGGGGACUCUCCAAGCGGCCACGGCCUCCUCCAUGAACAAGCAGGCGGCGCUGCCGCAGCCCCGGCCCACCAGGGCCUCCCUCCUCCGCCGGGCCAGACUAGGGGACACGUCCGAUACGGAUCUAGCCGAUGCAGACAGGGUCUCCGUGGCGUCCGAGGUGUCCACCACCAGCUCCACCUCUAAACCGCCGUCCGGUCGGAAGGGAUUGUCCAGGCUGGACCUGCUGGCUCAGCCGCGGAGGACCCGCGUGGGCUCCAUUUCAGCUCGCAGUGACUCUGAGUGCACGGUGACCCGGAGCUCCACCUCCUCACCCCGCCUGUCAGCGGAGACCGCUCUGCGCCUCGGCCUGCGCUCGUCAACAUCCACAGAGAACAGACUCACACCCAGGAUGAGAGCCAACAGCGUGUCCAAACUGAACGAGACAAAGACGAGGACCACUACGUCUGGAUACUGCUCACCCACAGAGGGCUCUCUGCCCGAACCUGCAGGUGAUGAUGCAGAGGAAGAGCUGAUGGUGUCCAGCAGCAGUCGGUGGAGGCGCCUGCCACCAGAAUACGGCUCUACCUCAGAGGAAGAGUUUGGCUCCAGCCGCAAUUCCUCAAAGCACGGCCCUCGCUCUCACGUGCGGCCUCAUCAUCUCGUCCAGCACCGCGGCUCAAGACCCGCUUCCACCGCCAGCUCAGGCUCAGCUGUGACGACAGCCGGAGUGGGAAUUAAACAUCGCAUGAAAGAGCAGGAGGAGUAUAUCAGGGACUGGACGGCGCACAGCGAGGAGAUAGCCAGGUUAUUCCCCUGUGUGCGCAGGAUCAGCCAGGACCUGGCUAAGGACCUGGCCAUCUUGGCUCGCGAGAUCCACGAUGUGGCCGGUGAGAUCGACUCGGUGAGCUCAUCGGGCACCGCACCAAGCACCACCGUCAGCACAGCCGCCACUACCCCGGGAUCGGCCAUCGACACCCGGGAAGAGGUAGGCCCUGCACGUCCCACGCAGCCGGACAUACAGGAGAGCAUGAAAAAGUUGGUGGAUCGAGUAUUCGAUGAAAGCCUCAACUUCAAGAAGAUCCCCCCUGUUAUCUCCACCAAUAAGGCACCAGAGAUCAAUGGUAAUCCAGUGGAGCACCGACCCCGAGCUCCUGACAGUCUGGAGCCUCGAGCCUUGAGGAGACGUACCUGGAACCGAGAGGAGGCGGUGUUGGACAGCUUGCUCCUCCAUUCAGUCUCUCAGCUGUCAACCAAGAUCAGACACUCUGUCGACAAAACAGCAGGAAAGAUCAGGAUUUUGUUCAAGGAUAAGGACAGGAACUGGGAGGAAAUUGAGAGCAAACUUAGAGCAGAGAGUGACAUGCCACUGCUCAAAACCUCGAACAAGGAAAUCUCUUCAAUUUUGCUUGAACUUAAGAGAGUUGAGAAGCAGCUUCAAGUGAUCAAUGUGAUGGUAGACCCAGACGGGACUCUGGACGCCUUGGCCAGCCUCGGCCUGCCCAGCCCUACCACCCCAACGAAGCCACUAACCGCCAAAAAAAACCCUCCUUCUGCCACCAGCUCGGGGACGGCACCCCAAGCCAAAGAGUCACUGCCGGAGAUCCUUCCUGGGCCUGGUGGUACGACGGGCUCCUCCAAGGUUCAGACUUCCUCUGCCAGCACCGAGGAGAACGCGCGAGACCCCACUGUGGGUCUGGGAUUAACGGGAGUCGGCGGGCUGCCGUUUAACCGCAUACGUCCCAGUGGAGAAGAGGCCAUUGCUCAGAAAUGAGCAGGACUGUUUCCACAGAAAAGUGAAAAAAAACAAGUCUGAAUUGGAGUGCAGGUUGCUGGUGACAAGUGUAAUAAGUUUCUGUUUUUGCCAUUCAGCGGAUUAUAACAUUCAACGACUAUGAAAUGGUAAAAAACACGAUUUAGCAAAAGGAAUCUUGACUGCAAAAGAAGUUCUUCAGCAUAUAUUUAGAUGCUACUCUCUGGUCCUCAACUAAUGCAUAAUGGACAUACCCUUAAACCAAUACUGACUCAUGAUGAUUUGAGUAGACUGACAGUAACAUCUCACCUUCCAGCUGUUCGUGCUCACUGGCCAACGUGGCAUCCCGGUGGACUGAAGGCUACCAGUGCAAAGACCCGUGUGGUCGGACAGUCUCCUCCACUCCUUCUGCCUUCUUCAUGUGUCUGGACCCUCACUAAGGACAUGCCUUAAAACACCCCCUGAAUGGUAGCAGCAUAACCACAUGUCCCCUCAAAUAACAUCCAAGGCCUCUUUUAAACGUUUAAUACAGUAUAACAUAAGAGACAAAAUGAAUGCAUUGUGAAAAAAAAAGAAAAACACACUUUCUUAUGUUUUAUUUACAUUUUAAUGGAAUACAACACACUGCAAUAAUUUAUAAGCUCCAGCUCAGAGUAUUACAACAGCCUUAAGAAUCCACCCUGGCAAACAGCAGUCAUAACUACACAUGCUUUAUACCUGAAGCUAUUAAGAUUAUUUCAGAAAUUAACUAGGAUUGCUGUUAUUUCAUUUAUGCAUUUCAGAUUUUUAGCCGUCCAUUGAGCCACCUCAGACUGGUUUGUAAUGCCUCCCCACUGUUGAGCUCACCUCCGUCUCCCGGUGUGUUUUGCUUUCACCUCCUCCUCUUCUCUCCCGGUUGCUGGAAACUGUCCCCGCAGUAGCAUGUACAGGACAUGGAUGCAAGUCGGUCUGUGUUGACCUUACUGAUGGUGGUUUCACUCGACAGUAGCAGACUUUGGAAAACCAAUGAUUGAUAACCAGUUACCAAAGUUUACUGUACUGUAUACAUACAGUCCAUUUCCCAGCUGAAAUGAAUCUGU